AUGCCAACUCUACUGCAUGUGCAGACCGUUACCGCAAUGGCCAUCUUCUCCCAGAAUAUGAGUUCCUUCCAGUUCAAAGAGGACCUUCUUUCAGAAGCUGCUAGGAUAUCGAGAUGUCUCCAACUGCACAAGUCGGACCGGAUCGAUGAGUCCAGAACUUUCUGGGUGAUAUACCAGCUCGAGAAAUCUUGGUGUUUCCAAAACUCGAGGACUUCUCUCAUUGCGGAUUUUGAUAUUGAUUGUCUCGUUCCAACAACGCCGGAAUCUAUACGCAGCGAGCAUGACUGGUUUUUAAGUAGCGUACGACUGGCCAGGUUGUUAUCGGUCUGUUACGAAGAACUGUUUUCUGUCAAAGCAACGAUGUAUACCGUGGAACAGAAGCGAACCAAGAUUCAGAGUGUCUACAAGGCACUUCAUGCCUGGAAAGAAAGCAUUCCUGCUCAAUGCAGACCGGGCAACAUUGUUGGCAUCCCGGACGGGCAGAGUCCACAGUCCCGUGCCGUCUUGGUCCAUCUUCAUUUUUCUUACUACGACGUCGUUAUCGCACUGGCAAGACUGGCAAUCCAUUGUGGAAUCGAUGGGGAUUUGUCGGAUUUCGGCACUGGCGAAGUCAUGCUUAGGAGUGCUGCGAGAGCAAUCUUGGAGCUUACGAGUUUGGUUGAUCUUAAGGCGUAUACGUCCCUUUGGGCACUGACUACUAUGCCUCUCGCUGCCAUGUUAAUUCUGUUUGACCUUGUUAUUCAAAACCCUACCAGUGCGGACGCCAAAACGAAUCUUCUCUUCCUCGAAAUGGCGUCUGGAUACUUUAGCCGCCUCGAGCAUGUGACCGAUGCAGCGAUGCAGACUUCUCGACUUUCCGAAUUCACUUAUAUAGCGAGAGGGUAUCAUCGGAACGAGAUGCUCAAACUCCAAACAGAACAAAGUGAUCCGUCUGCAUUUCCCGGGCAACAGACUGUAUCCUUACUCUUUGGGCAGUCGACCAUAAGCAGGGCCGACCUCUUGAGGUCAAAGACGAACGGCACUCUGCCCCCGAACCCUGGCCCUGCUGAAACGCGAUUACCACAAGGGCUGCAAGCUCGUACUGCAGGGGAUCCCAGCACAGUCGAAGACUCUAUGCCUGCUGCAGAACUUGGCGGUCCUAUCUCUCAUUUGCCAGUGGGUGCCGGCCAAUUUAGUUUUGAAGACUUGUUCAAUACAGUCAUCUUGCCCUUCGAGCAUCAACAGACAUGGUGA